GCCUUUUCCAGCUUUAGUCGUCUAUUGCCUCAUUCGGGUAAACAUUUGGGUGCACCCAAACCGGUGCCCGUAUACCUGUCCGGACGCUCUCCCAGUCCUAUCAGCAAAGAUGAUAAUGAAAGCGAAGAAGAAGAAGAUGAGGACGAAAGCGAUGACAUUUCAUCGGCAAACAUAUCAACACAAUUGCCUUAUUCUACGCCUAAUUUGUAUAGUUUUAUGAAUAAUUGGGUUAACACUCCCUCGUCGUCCACUUCUUCCAACAAUAAUCUAUUGGGUGUUUCGUCGACCAUCACUAGCACUACCCCUCACAUCAAUAUCUCACAUAAAAACAGUGAUAUCUCUGGCCUCAUAUCUUCGACAUCCACUUUAAAG